AUGGGUUCCCGGGAGAAUUCUUCUUGCUCCAAGGCCCUUGAAACUUGGGACCUGGAGACGCUGGACAGCUCUAGCCGGGACUCUGCCAGCCACCUGGAAGAGCAAUGGCGGAAAUUCUCCCCCGUCCUCAAUGAAGAGGACAGCACGGAUAUUGUACUGGAAGACUCCCGGGAGCUGCUGUCCUUAACUUCACCCCCGCCAGGCAGAGAGAUCAUCAGGUAUGAAGUCAGUGUGAACCGACGGAACAUCGAAGACAUCUGCCUAGGUUGUGGAAGUCUCCAGGUGUACACGCAGCACCCCUUAUUUGAGGGGGGGAUAUGUGCCUCGUGUAAGGACAAUUUCCUGGAAACCCUCUUCCUUUAUGAUGAGGAUGGGCACCAGAGCUACUGUACCAUCUGCUGCUCUGGGGACACCCUGUUCAUCUGUGAGAGCCCCGACUGUACCAGAUGCUACUGUUUCGAGUGUGUGGAUAUCCUGGUAGGCCCUGGGACCUCAGAACGAAUCAAUGCCAUGGCCUGCUGGGUUUGCUUCCUGUGCCUGCCUUUCGCUCGUAGCGGACUGCUGCAGAGGCGAAGACAGUGGCGUCACCAGCUGAAGGCCUUCUAUGAUCUAGAAGGGGCAAGCCCUCUGGAGAUGUACAAGACAGUGUCUGCGUGGAAGAGACAGCCCAUGCGGGUGCUGAGCCUUUUUGGGAAUAUUGAUAAAGAGCUAAAGAGUUUGGGCUUUUUGGAAAGUGGCUCUCGCACUGAGGAAGGAAGACUGAAGUACUUGGAUGAUGUCACAAAUGUUGUGAGGAGAGACGUGGAGAGAUGGGGUCCCUUUGACCUUGUGUAUGGCUCAACACAGCCCCUAGGCUACUCUUGUGACCACUGCCCUGGAUGGUACAUGUUCCAAUUUCACCGGAUACUGCAAUACGCCCGGCCUCACCCAGGGAGUCAGCAGCCUUUCUUCUGGAUAUUUGUGGACAAUCUGCUGCUGUCUGAGGAUGACCAAGUCACAGCAGCCCGCUUCUUUCAGACGGAGGCUGUGACCCUCCAGGAUGUCCGCGGCAGAGUCCUCCAGAAUGCUGUGCGGGUAUGGAGCAACAUCCCAGGCUUGAAGAGCAAACACUCGGCCCUGACACCAAAGGAGGAGCAGUCCCUGGAAGGACACGUUAGAACCAGAGCCAAGGUGGCCGCCCAGAAAACUGACGCCCUGGUGAAGAACUGCCUUCUCCCUCUGAGAGAGUAUUUCAAGUAUUUUUCUCAGAACCCACUUCCUCUUUACAAAUGA